CCUCUCUCCAUUGAUUGCCAUUAGUUUUUUCUUUGUCCGAAGGCUUUAAGAUCUGAGUUUACGUCCCUUUCCAGCGCCUCCCUUCCCGGACAUUGGUGUACGGUGUGAGAUCCAGGCUGCGGUGCGUGGGUGCUGUGGUGUCCCUAGCGGCGGCACCCUGGCUGGUGGUGGCGGCCGAGUGUUGUCAUUGAUCGACCGACCGCACGGAGGGGCGGCGCCGACUCCGUCGAUGCUCAGCUGUUUCAUAAUACACCCGAUGCCAAGUGGAAUUUUAUGAGUGCACUUUACAUGCUUCAUUUACUUACACGUUGGACUGUCAGAGCUCCGCACACUCUUUGAGUAAUUUUUUAUUUUUUGUAAUGUUUAGUCAGGGUGAGUGAGCUCUUCGGGUGACGGCUGGAAGCGGAUAAAUAAACACACAGAAUAAAGGCAGUGCAAGUGUUGGCUGGCAGCUGGGGUGGGCGGCCGCGGUGUGUGGGGGCGGUCGCUAGUGCCUCCCCUGAACUGCACCGGUGUCGUAAGCGUCGCGAGGAGACUAUGGAAGAGGUGGAGGAGGAUAUCGAAGGAGACGAUUGUUAGAACUGUUUCCCCGCUAUUACGUGUGCGGGUGAUGGUGAGAGUGUUGCCUGGUGGAGGGGCAGGCUCGCUGGGGCUGUGUGCGGAAAAGAACUGCCCAAAGACGUAGUGCUAACGAGGACUUUCUUUGCCUCCCCACGAGAAACUUGUCGGUAACCUCUUGGGUAAGCGGCGUGUGUGCUCCCCUCCCCCCGGCGGUGUCACGAGGGGCUUCGAUCCGACACCCAAGGAGAAGACCCCAGCCACUGCUUCCGUGACUGUCAGCGGCGCGCAAGACUUGACCAUUGGCCCUGCCUGGCACGCCCACCACGACCAGCCUCACCACCAGCAUGCCCCCCGUGCAGCAUCGCCACCAUGCCGCCGCCAGCUGACCCCCGCAGCGACUGGUGCCACUACCUCGCCCCUAGGGAGGCUCUCACUUCCCCGCCCUGCUAGCGUCGUUUCCCAUGACUCGUCCCCUGCCGGGCGCUUGCAGGACAGUGACAAGAGGACAGGCGGGAGGUUUGGCGCUGGGCACGUCGAGCGUCGCCUGAAGCCGCAAAGCUCCACGACGCUGACGCCAGCUGUUCCCAGUUGUCGUCAUAGACUUAGCAGCGCCACGCCUCCUCUCCACGAGUUUAGCGUCACUUUAGCGUAACAUGUGUGCACGGACUCCAGUGUGUCUUGAGCUGUGAAGCCCCGCGGCGGACAGAGUCAAACGGCGUGGGUGUGCGAGUGAACUCCCGCCCAGUGACAGUGACUGGCGGUAGGGCGGAGGGGGCCGCCCAUGCUCACCGGCUGCCGGGCGGCUCUCUAUGUUGAGUGCAGGUGGUGGGUGGCGGUGGUGCUGGCGUGGUGCGGCGGGUGAGGGUGGCUGGUGCGGCUCCUCGGCCCCCUCCGUCGCAGCCAUGAUCCACUACACCCUCGAGCCUCAGUUCAACGCCCUCAUCUUCUCCGUGUCGGCGCGUCACGAGCGCUUCACCCUCCUCCCAGACCCAUUUGUGUGCUGCACCCAUGGCCCGCCCCCCGCCGCCACCGACCUCCUGGCGUACCUACACGCGGUGGGGGUCCAGCUUGCCACGCUCGGAGACCACUACGCAUGUCUCCUCACCCAAGUACGGGCGGGCAGCGUCAUUUUUUUAGUGGGCGUGGGGUCGCUGGUGUGCUGGAAGCUGUGGGAACACUGGCGAAGCGGUGCCGGCACCCCAAGUGUAGCGCCUCCCACGCCCCCCACCUCGCCCGCGCAACGACGACCCCGAGGCCUUCUUGCUUCCUUAUUGGAGGAGGACCUCGUGCAGGAUUCUGACGAAAUCGACGAUGAGGACCCCGCUUUUAUCCACCUGUUGCUGGACCUGUCGCGGGAGUACGUGCGGCGACUGGUGCUGGGGAAGUACUUCGGGCCAGACAGUCCAUGUGCUGAAGCCCCACUGGAAGAUGGCUCACCAAUCACACCCAUCACACCCAUCACAGACUUCAGCGAGGCGAGCACCAGUGAGGCACGCGGCCAACACUACCUUGCUGAUGCCAGUGCCUCCCUGUCUGCUAAUGAUGGGGCACGGUCUUCAAGUGAGAACAGCCUUCCCACAGAUGGGGAGUCAGAUGCCGAGCUGUUUCCUGGCACCAAGAGAUUGGUUAAGAGAAAACACCGUGCCUCGGAGCUACAGAGGAAUCAGGUCAAUUACAGACAGUGCUCUCCCAGACCUCGUUCUCGCCAUAGCUCCAUAAACAGUCGCAGGCACAAGGCUGAGGCCAGGGCACCAAAUGAAGGUGUGGGCCAAGGAGCAGCAGUGACUCAUAACCAGCAGGCAGCAUGGCUCUCCUCAGAGUCUUCACCAGAGUAUGUGAGGGGUGCAGUGCGGGGUCAUGGGCUGGCUUCUCAUCAGGGUUAUGAGCUUGAGACACCUGACUCUGAGGAAGUGAUUGACAGAAUAAGGCGGCAUUUGCGAGGUUCUCAGCAUGGAAGAGUGGGAGACUACGAUGGCCCCUGGUUUGCUGAUGGAAGGGAGCAGCCAGAGGGAGAGGAGGCCCUUCCUAGUGGGAACAUCUCCAGUGCAUCACUCAGUGACCUCAUGGACAAAAUGCGGCACCGUGCUGCCCGAGGCUCCAUAUCCAGGGAUGCAUCCAUUACUUCCAGUCUCUCUGAACUGAUUUCCAUGCCACAGGGAUCAAGGCGGCUCUUCAAACGAGAGGAUUCGGUGUGUUCAAAUUUGUCUGGCGUGUCAGAUUUGGCACCAUCUGAAUGCUCAGAGAUGUCCUUGGAUGUGUCGGUGCAGGAAGAUCUGGCCAGCCGCACCUUUACCUGCUUCAAUAAUAUUGAGCAUGAACUGGAUGACCUUAAGUCAUCCAUGCUAGAGAUGGAUGAGGAAGUUACUAAAUUUGUGGCCAGGCCAGACCCAUACAGCUUUAAGACCACCUUCUCAGAUUAUUCUAUGGGUUCAGGAGAGUCGCGGCCUAGUUCAGCCAUGGAGAUCCUCUCUGCCCACCGCUCUAGGGCCAAUCUCAGAUUGAAUCUCCACCCAGCCAGACCCAAUACCUCAUCAGACUCAGAAGUGGUGGAAGGUGGAGCAGCUGAUGCUUCCCUCGGUUCAAACCACCUUGUCUCAGGGUCAGAGGCUGAAGGGUCCCUUGAGUGGGACUCACCCCAGCAUGGAUGGACCAGUGCCAAGGCCCCAGCACUCUCCAAAUUGCAGGAACUGCCAUCAGAAGAUGCUGAGUCAUCCCAUGCUUCCAUGCAGGAUGAUGCCAUGCCUUCCCUGGAGUGGGACAAUGAUUGCCUGCACCAAUAUGAGGAUGAGGUACCACUGCAAGACUCUAGUGAGCAUGCGUUCCAACCCAGCACACAGGACAGCUUGACUGAGCUUGAAGGCUUUGAGGAAUAUAAGAUUGAGUUUGGAAGGCACCAGCUCCUGCCAGACCACUCCUCCUUGGAGCUGGACUUGGAAGAAGAGCUCAUGUCUACCACUGGAGGGAUGGAAGACAUGGUUGCUUCUCCCUUCUGCAAUGCUCCCAUGACCAUCUCCAUUGACUCAGCCAUCCACUCUGGCACUGGCUCCCGUUCUGCUUCCUCUAGUCCAGUGCCAUCAGGCAUGGGCCACUCCCUCCUAAGCUCCUCGGGUCUGGCCAGCAGCUCAGAGAUCUCCCCUGCCACCCCUGACUCGGAGGGCACAGGCUGGUCAGCCUGGGAGCGGCGCCUCAGUCCUGGUGAGUUUGGCAGCAAGGCACGCCGCUAUUGGAGCUCAGAGGAGAGUGGGUACGUGGAGGGACUUGAGGCUCCCCUGGACAACGCACACCCUCACCUUUCACCUGUGCAUGAGAUCAAGGAAAAAGAAAACUCUGAUAGCAGCACUUCCACUCCUCAACACACCAAUAGCUGGGGAAGCCUCAACAACAACACUACACCCAAUAACAUUACCAACACCGCCAUUAACACCAACAAAAACCAGACCAACAAUAACAACACUCCUGUCAUGGGCAACAAGACCAGCUCACACAAUGACAACAGCUGGUCUGCUCCCACCACUGCCACCAGUCCGGAUCAGUCCACCACUGGCCUUGGGACCUCCUCUGCUAUUGGGCCCAAGCUAGAAUUGAUGAAGUAUGCCAACACUGAAUGGCAAGGCAACACCCCUAAGGCUCAGACCAUCAAGCAGGGGUACUCAGCUAUUUCUAUGGAGCUGAACUUCAAGCACCUGCGUCAAGUGAGGGGUGACAACUACUGUGGGGUGCGGGCAGCCCUCUAUCAGGUGCUGGCAAGGGGACUUGCUGUUCCCAGUGGACACACCACUCACUCCCGCCUUGCCUCAGAGCUCACACAGGGUGCCACCUGGCUCAGGGAUUGGACUUUUGGCCACCGCCUAACCUACAACAGGGAAGAUGUCCUUAAUGGGUUUUUGGACUGCCUGGAUGCACUAGACAGUCUGGUUCUGAAUCUGAUGGGCUGCGAGAACCGUGAAUGUGUGGUGCUGGCACGGGUCAACAGGGACCCACUCCUGGAUGUACGUCUGUGUGAGGCUGUCAAGCUGCAUAUGCUGGCAGCUGCCCUUGAUUUGCAUGCUGCCAACACCUGUGGGGAAAGUGUGCCAUUGUUUGCCAUGAUCAUGUUUGCUCGGCACUCCUCAAUGACCCCUCGAGACCUCUUGAGAAACCACUUGAAUCCAGUGGGAGACACAGCUGGCCUUGAGCAGGAUCAGCACAAGGUGGAGAUGUUCCUGCUGGGCCACACACUAAGGGUGACCUUGCAGGUGGUGCGGCCAGCCAGUUAUGGUCAGGAUGACUUCAUCUGUUAUUACCCUGAUUCCAACAUUGGUCUCUGGCCUGAGGUGACCUUGGUGGCUGAGGAUGACCGCCACUACAAUGUUCUUGUCAAAUAAGAGAUUCAGAAAGGAGAGUGCUGCAGCCAUGACUCAUAUACAGCUGAGUCUGGGGGUUGAUCUGUGUGCCACAGCACAACCAGCCUAGUGCCACAUACCAGGCCUCAAUGUGUGAACCAGUAACUCAAAUGGAAAAAACAUUCCCCAUAUGAAUGUACAGCAAAGAACUAAAUGGGUUUCUUUGAAAAGUCUGUCAGCUAAUACUGUUUCUUACCCAGACAUUAGUGGCAAAUGACUUGGAGUUUAAAGAAUAUAUAUAUAUAUAUAUAUAUAUAUAUAUAUAUAUAUAUAUAUAUAUAUAUAUAUAUAUAUAUAUAUAUAUAUAUAUAUAUAUAUAUAUAUAUAUAUUCAUUUAUUUUUUAUGAUUAGUUAGCAUUAACACUAAGAGUGUGGUGACAUUGGUGCUGGAAGCCUGAGUGAGAGGCUGCUGUAGGUGAGAGAAGAAGGUCUACAUGGGUGUGAUUCAUGGCUGCUUGUAGAAAUACUUGUAUAUAGUGUUUUGUUAGUAUAACAGAUGGUUUCAAAGUGUGUGUACAUAUAUACUGAGUGUAAAUACUUUGUGAUUGUUAUUUUGUGUUAUACUGUAUGAACUUUGUAGCAGGAGUGGAUCAUCUGAUCAUGAUCAAAAAAAGGUGGCUUGUACCUCAGGGCACAAGUUUUCUGUGUUAAAAAAUGUAAUUUAUGUGCUAGGAUGAACAUUUUACAUUUCUCACCUGCUUUUGUUAAAGGAAGAUACCAACAAUAAUGACAACACAGCCCAUGCCAAGGCAGCCGGGCCAGCAGAACUGUAGACUUGUGAUGAAGAGUUUCUUCAUCACUCCUAGUGCACUUUGGCAGAAUCACUUAUCUUGUCACUCUGGGUAUAUCAUAACUGUUUUUUGCUGGUGUCAGCAUGUAAAGACAGCUUGUUACAAGGACAGCCUCAAUGUGUUGUUACUGGCUAGUGAAGCACAGGCAAGGCAAUGCAAAGGCAGGAUACCAUAACAGUUAUGAUGUUUUGAUGAGUACUGGUCACAGCAAGGCAAGGCGAUGCAGGGUAUCAUAACAGUUAUGAUGUGUUCAGCCACAGCAUGAUGUUACUGGUCAGCAAGAUGACACAGGCAAGGCAAGGCAAGGCAGAUGGAGCAAGACUGCUGUUUGGACAUGGAGGUUCAGCUUUAUGGUCAUUAUCAUCAGCAUUACUACAGUACUUGUGUAGUCUUCCAUGCUGUGUUCUGAGCAACUUUGUGAUAUUCGUUAAGGAAGAAAUAAUAGAUACCUCAUGAUAACUUGAUGAAUUGAGCACAGUGAAUUCCAAUGACCCACAUGCUGUCUAUACAUGUGAAGCAUUUCUGUAUAAAGGCAAGAACUAGCUGUGUGCUGCCAAAUUGGCCUGUCUUCUAGUUUUGUGAUGGAUGGUUGUCACUCUUAAGUUCAUUCAGUUGUUUUCAGAAUAAGAAAAAAAUUCCUUUGACAGAUUAUAAAGAGGAGUCUUUGAGUACUGAGCUAAUGUCCAUGUGAUGAAUGAAUCAUUUGUUUGCCCAAAUUGUGUGUGGCUUGUUGCACCAACAUGUAGUAGGGGAGUGAGGGGAUUGUGGGCCUUAGUGCACCAACAUACAAGGGAGUGAGGGGAUUGUGGGCCUUAGUUCACCAACAUGCAAGGGAGUGAGGGGAUUGUGGGCCUUAGUUCACCAACAUGCAAGGGAGUCAGGGGACUGUGGACCUUAGUGCACCAACAUGCAAGGGAGUCAGGGGAUUGUGGGCUUUAGUGCACCAACAUGCAGGAGAGUGAGGGGAUUGUGGGUCUUAGUGCACCAACAUGCAGGAGAGUGAGGGGAUUGUGGGUCUUAGUGUACCAACAUGCAGGAGAGUGAGGGGAUUCUGGAUCUUAGUAUACCAAAAUGCAGGAAAGUGAGAGGAUUUUGGGUCUUGGUGUAUCAACAUGCAGGGGAGUGAGAGGAUUGUGGGCCUUAGUGCACCAACAUGCAGGGGAGUGAGAAAGUUUGUAGUGCUUGAUGCUGAUACUUUGUGUUGCUUAUUAAGUUAAUACUGGGAAGGGAAUUCAGUGUAAAAAUAUAAGGCAGGUACAGAAGCAUUAGCAAAUUUCAGCACAACCAUAUAUAUUAUGAAAUCAGAUCAGAGUGGUGGGAAGAUGGGAAAAAGCUCCACGUGGUACUUUUUUUGUUAUAAUGUCUUCAGAAAACUGUUGUGCUGAUAUUUUCUUUUGCAUCAUCUGUGCUAAUGUAUGGGACUCAUGAUUCAUAGACAUUACUGCAUAAAGCAUAAGUGAUGCGCUAUUUUGUUGCCCUGUCAUGCUGGUAGCUGUACCAGGAUGCAGGCCACCAGGCUUCUUACCAUACAAAGUGGUGUCUUUGUAUUUGGGUUCAAGAUGCACUGCUCAUCACAGCACUGCAUUUACUACUGACUUUAAGUUGUUGCUUUCCAGUUUCUGUUAUGUCUGAUUGGAAAGUAUGGUACUGCUUAAUGUCACAGAAACUUUGUACAACUAGUGGCAGUGCUCUCUUUGUAUUAUUAUUUGCUGAUAAACAUUUGCACUGAGCUUCAGGCUUUCAUAUCACAAGAAAUGUGGGUCCACUGCUGUGCCAUAGAACACACAAGGCCAGAUAUGUGCUUAUUAAUUAUCAGUUACACUGAACUCUAUGCAAUAUUUUGUACAGUUUGAUAAUCUCAAGCCAACAGUCAUUAUGAUCCAUAGAUGUGGCUCAGACUCAUAUGUAAAGAUUUGUGAACUAAAUGAAACACCUGGAGAUGUUUUGAUAUGAUGGAUAAUGUGAACCAGUCCAUGUGAGCAGCAGAGUCUUGUUAUUUCUGUUGUUGUGUAGGAACUGUGUGUGUGUGUGUGUGUGUGUGUGUGUGUGUGUGUGUGUGUGUGUGUGUGUGUGUGUGUGUGUGUGUGUGUGUGUGUGUGUGUACUGCCAUGUGUGUGUGAAGAUGUGUACACUGACAAAAAGAAGUAUCAUAAUGCUGUGAUUCCAAGCAGGUAUUGCAUGAGUAGGGUUUCCAUAUCCAGGCUUGAGAUGCAAUUUAGAAUUGUGACAUUCUCUCAAUAUGGCUUAUAAUAACAAUUCCAUAACCUAUUCACUUUCUUUUAUAUCUAAUACGUGUUGUAUUGAAUCUGGGGUGUGUGAAUUGCAGGACUGAUUAUGACAAGAAUUAAUUUUAUUUAUUUUUUUAUUAAUCAGUGAAAAGCAGAAACAUUUGAGAGAGAGAGAGAGAGAGAGAGAGAGAGAGAGAGAGAGAGAGAGAGAGAGAGAGAGAGAGAGAGACCAGUCAGAUUGUGACAGCCCAAGUUUGAUGUUGAUAAGUAUGGUGUAUCAUUGCUUAUAUUCAUGAUUUAUGCUCUCACUAAAAUGGAGUAAUUUACCUUAGCUUUCAUUGCACCUUAUCUGCAUCUUUUUUGCAUUUUAAUGAAUUAUUCUUGUUUGUAAUGUGACUGGUCUUUUCUCAGUGAAGGUUUGUGAGCUUUGCCAAAAAGAAGGGAAGGAAUGCCUCAAAUACAACUGAUGGACCAUGCACAGAUCCAGCAUGUAUUGCAUUAAGGGGCAGUGUGCCUCACUAGUGCCCAGUCUAUUGCCAGGCACUCUAGGCUAGUUCUUGAUAGUGUAUGGGGCUUUGCAGGACUAGAAGAAAGUGAAUUUAUUUUCUAA